UCCAUUAUUCCGUGCAUCGUUAAUUUACGAUGACUCAACCCCUCCCCUUUCCGUGUUAUUUAAAGUUCCACGGCUGAGAGGCUCCCUCGUUCGGCGGGGCUUCUUUCGUUUCUGUUUUCUUUCUCGUGGAAUACGCGCGGGCAUGUAUCACAAUAAUUCGCGUUCGCGUUCUGCGCAGCGAAUUUUCCCCGGCGUGUAAAAUACCCAGGUUGCUGGCGGACAAUUAUUACAACACGCUUAAGAUCGCGUCACGCUUACAGGAUCCUCGGUUAAUUUCUUAAGAAGGAUAUCCCAGCUCCGACGCUUCUUAAGCUCGCUUAAUCUCUCGCUCGCCUUUCAACUUCGAUUCGAAAUUCGCUGUCGCUCGGGGUUUAACUUCGUCGCGUCGCAGGGAACGGAUGGGCGAUGCUUUUAACACAUUGUUGACCGGCAAUUUUACACAGACGCGUCACUUCGUGUCACCGGCUAUUAUUUCGUAAUUGAACGUGAAAUUAAAACAAUCUAAAUAAACUCCGAUAAACUUUAUUUAUAUUUUACCAAUAUUGCUUUUGCAAUAUUCUAUAUCGCCCUGGGUUUCGUAAAGUGAAAUAGACGCGUCCGGCAUUCCCAAGGCGGCUUCUCGAGCGUACCCGUCGAGGAGGCUGCAAAAAUAGAAACCAGUGAUUGAUUCUCGCGCUCUGGCGAUGGUGGAGACCCGAGAGAACCAGUCUCGUCGCGAAACGAACGCGACCCGUCCACGGUGAAUCUGCCUCGGUCAAAUUACAGUGUUUACGGUGUUGCGUGGCUCUGUAUGCCGUUUCCGUUCGGUGGCUGUCCCGCGACUGAGUGAUCUCGUGAACGAUAGUGCGCGACUUGCUACUCGAGCGUGAACCAACCGAUAGCGUUCGAAGACGAAGUCGUUGGAUCGUCGAACGAGCAACGAUAUCGCGCGAGUUCUCGAUACUUGGGUGCUUCUCUGCGUGGAAUCGGUGCUGGUGUCGUUUGCUUGGAGGAGAACGUUCCAGGUCGAAACGGGGAAGAGGGAAGGGAGAGGAGGACAAAGGAGCGCCCCCUUAGCUCGGAGGGGAAGAUGCGAUCCCGUCGAAAAUGAACGAUGAAAUAAUCCUGAAGACCCUAACCGCCGGCAACAACAUUCCAUUCGUGGACGAGGAUGGCCCAACGCCGGCCAUCGACCAUCAUCGCGUCCGCUCGAACGUCGCGCGGAGGGAGUCGACGAAGGAAGCCGCUUCGAACCUCGGCUCGCGAUGCGCUCAGAGUUUCGCGACCUUUCGUUCGAUAGCUCAAUCGAAAAACGGCCAGGAGAUCGAUCCUCGAGAGGGAGGUCCUUCUCCUUUACAAAGAGGAGCCAUGUUGGGUCAAAAAGUGUCCCCGCAGCAUAGGUACGUCCGCCAGGCGCCUGCUGCGAGAAGAAACAAAAUCGAAACGGUGGAUACCGCGCCCGAGAAUCCUCUGCAGCGCUAUGAAAACGCGGUAUUAAAAUAUCAGAAGCCCAAGACUCGUCCAAAACGCCAACUGAGUCGCGAUCGCCAACAACAACAACAGAAUCACGGUUACUCCAGCAGCGACGAGAGUGUAGUGAGGAACAAGUCGAAGAGCAUCAGUUCCAUAGACACUCAGUCCGUGAACAACAUCCUGGACGAGUACGAGGACCUCGACUACAGGAGAUCGUCCGAUUUGAGCGACGUGGAGAGCAUCAGCGUGUCGAACUUCGAGGCAGUGAUGAUGGACCAGCAGAAGAAGCAGGACAAGUCUCGGGUCUCGGUGACGACGACGCAUCCCAAACGUUCUCCCGUUCGCGAGAAGACCCAGCCAGUUCUAAAAGUAAACCAGCAAACACAGGUGAGACAGCGGUCGCGUGAGAGGCAGAAGGAAUCCGUGAAACGCGUUCCAGCGUCGCCGAUAGAAGACGAUUGUCCUCCUCGCGCCGGCCAGAUAACAGUGGACGCCAGUCGUAGCAAAGUUCCGGAAGUGCUGCUUCGCAAAGGGGAAGUUCAGAAGCGAGUGGACGAGUGGCUGAGCCAGGCUCAAAGCCAGAAUUUCCCGGCGUCUAGAGAGAAACCGUUAACGCGGUCGAACAGCAGCGCCGAGCAGAAGAGUCAGAGGCGAUAUCGCCAGGACUCGAGGUCCAGGUCGAUCGACGAGGGCAGGGACAAGUCGAACGGAACUUCGUCGAGCUACGACGACCUCAGUCGCGCUGAUAAGAAGGCGGACAAGACGAACAAAGCGAACGUCGCGGUGAACACCAGCAGGGGGACCUACAAGGAGUACCUAGCCCUGAAGAACAGGGGUAAACAGCACGAUUACGGUUUCAGCGCGUCGAACAACGUCAGAUCCAGGGACAUCAGCCCGUCUACUAACUCGAGGAUCCCUCAGAGAGGUCCUUUGAGCUCCAGUUUCAGAUCCAGACGAUUGGACUCCCCUAACGAGGACAGCAUCGCCGAGCCAGAGAAGAACUGUCGCAGUAAAGUCACGACGAGUUUGGUAAAGACCAGAAACGAGUCGGAACACGGUAGGAUAUCUGGGGUAACCGUCGCGGCUACCGGCAGUCCGACGACAACUGCGGUGAUCCCCUGCAGGCGAGCGUCGUUGAAGCGAUCCCAGACCCACGAUCAAAGCUCGAGCGGCGGGACGAGGCCGCUCGUUAAGGAAGAGACAGGCCAGAGGCCGAGGGGAGGAGGUAGCUGCUUGGCCACGAAGGGCCCGAGCAACCUUGGCGACCAAGGCGAGGAGCCGAUCUCGCCAAAUAAGGACGGAGAAAGUAGGCGGCCGACUCUCACGAGCGAUUCACCGCGAGGUAGCGAUAAAGCAGCUGAUGCCGCCUGUAAAUCGAUGGAAGCCUCGAGGAGGAUUAUCGGUGAAUCGAUGGAGACCAGGCAGAAGAGAGAGAGCAGAAUAGACCAGACGAGACAGGAGACCGUGGGCGCGCGUGUCCGCACGAUCCAAGGUCAACAGGAGUCCCGAGUCACGAGAAGGAAUCCUCAAGCGGGGAAUUUGCCGCCAGAAGCUAGGAAACCUCCUGUUCUCCCUAGAAAGGAGCAGGUCCCUUGUCCUCAGGACGCUAAAACCGAUCGAGGCAAGGUAUCGACCAUCGCAUCACCUCCGUCCACCUUCAAGCCGAACAACCGCGUCUACGCCGCCCUCCAGCAACUGAACGAGCAGAACGCCAGGUCUAGAUCGUCAAACGAGACAUCUAGGGCUAGGUACUCCCCGCCGAUCCACGUGGAGAAGAUCUACGAGCGCAGCUUGCAGCCCCAGGUGAUCCACGCCGACGACCUCGAGUCCAUUCUGCGACCUUCGUCGCAGGUCUCCGCCUAUGGCGAGGGAGGUGCCGCUGAGAUGCCUCCCAAGGAACCCGUGGAAGUCGACAAGCGAGAAGAGGAUAUGUACGAACGAAUCGGUGAAUCGCGGUACGAGCACCUGGAGACCAUCGAGGAGGACGAUCAGAAGAGCGAAGCAUCCGUGCGUAGGUAUCUUGAGAUCGAGUUGAGUCAGAAGGUUCUCCAGGCGAACGGAGGACCUAGGGCAUCGCCAGAGAGGAGGAAGGAACCGUCCUACGAGCCUGUGAGGACCUUCGUCACGUUCCACUCGUCCUGCUCCCCCUGCAGCGUCCAAACGAGCCAGACCGGUUCGUCGGGGGGCAACGAACAGGAGGAAAAACCUGCGGAACCGAUCAUGAUCCUCGAGGACUUCGAGGUCCCUUAUGAUCACGGGAACGCGCUCGACAGGAGUCAAUUCUGUCACACCCGGGAAGGGAGCAAUCUGUCCACGGCCACGAUACCUCUGGACGAGCUGGAGAGUGAAAGGCAGAAGUCGAAGGUCGAGGAAGGAAGAAGCGAGGCGUCGGAGUCCGGGCUUCGUCCUGAUGCUGCGAAACCUGACCAGAUCGAGAACGAAAAGACUAAUUCUAGAGAGAUCGAGGUGGUGAACGAAGUUCUGGUGAAGAAUCUUCAGUUCGAGCAGGACCUACCGAAAUCCGAGCAUCCGAGAUCGGAGCUGGUCGUGGUCGACAAGAUCGCGGAGCACGUGGUUCACCAGAGGCCCAUAGGGUUUCACAACGUCCUGUGCGAUGACUACGAAAACCUCCAGGACGCUCGAUUCAGGGUGGCCAAGGUGUACGUGACGAAGGAAGAAAUGGAGCGGCAGAGGCUGAUGGAUCUGCUGAGGAAGGGGGACUACGACUCCGUGAAAGCGGAAUUGGAGAGGAGUUACACCCUCUCGACCCCUGGGGGUAGCAGCCCUGUCUGUUGUCCGCCCUGCAGCCCGCCACCCGCGCCUGCUGCAUACAUAUCGAGCGCACGUGCGUCCUCGCGGAGACUCGGCGCCGGAAGUAGCAUCGGAGGACCGCCGUCCCCGGAAAGGGAUCCCUUGGGAAGACUGUUAAGAUUCCUGAAGACCUUCUACAGGGAGCUCGGCACUCGCGAUCCACCCCAUUUGCCGGCGUGGGCGUCGCCGCUUCCACUCGGCACCCUUUGUCCAGCGCACUUCCAGCCGCACCUGCAGCUGCUCCACAAAGGCGAGCAGGAACACAGACUCGAGAACAUCAAGCUCGACCAGAUCUUCGCCCCUGUCAGGUUGAGCGAUGGCACGGUGUCCGAGGCCCCACGUCGCGUGGCGGUCGAGGGCGGUCCAGGAAGCGGAAGAACGACCCUGUGCCUUCGUCUGCUCCACCAAUGGGCUAGCCAGGGCGACGGUCCUGCCCUGGCCCUCAUCGUUCCUCUCCGCGAGCUUCGAGGAAGCCCCGUGUUGAAUUAUUUGGCUCGAGAGCUCUUCCCAAGAACAGCCGCCAUUGGAGACGCCGUGGCUCAAGUAUGGCGCACGCUGCAUCUGAUGGAGGACCGCAUCCUCUUCGUCCUAGACGGCUACGACGAGUGCGUGGGCGGCAGGGCGUCCCUGGGCGACGCCCUGGACCUCCUCGAAGGGCGACUUUUCCCUGAUGCAAGGAUUCUGGUGACUUGUUCUCCUAGCAACUCGACCGCCUUGUCGCCCCUCGUUCAGAGGAGGAUCCACCUCGCUGGGCUCGAGUGGCCCCACGUGGAGAGGCUCUGCGUCGCCUAUUUCAUCCACAACGACAUCGCUGAGAAAGCCUGCGAGUUCCUCGAGGCGCUGAACGUUCAGCCACAAACAGUUAAGCAGCUGGGUCAGCAUCCCCUGGGCUGGAUCAUGCUUUGCUGUCUCUAUCAGGACUCGGGGAGCCUGCCAACGGAGACCAGCGCGCUGGUCCAAGCCGCGGUGAAGUGCAUCGUAAAAAGAAGCUUGGACCCGCCAGUCCCCUAUAACGAGGAGAUCCCAGGCCACUGUAGGAAGCGAUUGGAGGACUUUGGAAAGCUGUCGCUGGCCGCUCUGAGGGAGGGCAGAUGCUGCUACACGGAGGCGGAAUUAAGGGCUCGCGGUGGCGGCAUCGAGGUCACCAGGUUGGGCUUCUUGACCAAGGGGUUGACGUUUGGACAGAGACGAAAGCCAGAUCUCUACACCCCCGUCCACACCGCUGUGGCGGAGUUCCUGGCGGCUUACUAUCUGACAUCCGUGGCUCAGUACGCCAACAUCUUGCGAAGAGAACUCGAGGGCCUGCCGUCAGGCAUCAUCAGCCACCUGGCUGGCCUGCUGGGGCCAAAGACGCAUUUAAUUCUGAACCAACUCUGUCCCCUGGAGGUCCCACCCAGAACCGUGUUUUCGUUGCUGAAGGCAGCAGGCGCCUCUGACGGAAAUAUAUCCGCAGUGUGCAGGCUAGUUGGCGCUGGUCCAGGAUUUGGGCCAGCGCCGAACGAGAGACCCCCAGCACCACUGGUUCACACCUCACCCUUGGAACUGGAGGGCUGGGCGAGAAUCCUCGAGAGCCCAGCGUGCACUCUGGAAGCCCUCGAAGUGGUGUUCCAGGUGGAGAGGGGCUCAGAUCCCAGAUACCUCGACGACUUCUUCGAAGCUUUGGCUGGGAACGAGAGCGUCAAGCUGGUGAGGAUCACCUCCCUUCUGGGACAAGAGUUCCCUGCGGACGAGGCGCAGAGGAUGGCUGGACACCUGAAGAGCGUGCUAGGGAAGAAGAAGCUCAACGACUUCGAGCUGGUCAUUACUUGUUUGGAGGAAUCUGCUCACGACCGGCUGGAGUGCGUGGUGAACGCCCUGUGCCGAGGGCUGAGCCACGCGUCGAGCAGCUUGGCACGACUGGUCCUCGACAUGAAUCUGUCCGGCGAGCAAGUGUCCAGGGUGUGCGAUGCUCUUCGUGGCUGCGUUCAAGUGCAGGCUCUGCACUUGCCCCAUUUGGGAUGCGGAUGCGAGGGCCUGGCAUCCGUCGCCGAACUGCUGAAGGAGAGGCCGCUGCUCGCCCUGAAUCUCGCUGGGAGCUGGGGCACCAAGAACGAGGAUCCCUCCAGCUCUGGAAUCAGUAUGGGUUCAGGCUCUGGUUCAGGAAGCAGCGGCUGCGCCUCCAGCACCCUUGGCACGCUACCCCUUAAUCGCUGCUACUCGUCCCUUCCAAGAGGAGCUUUGGCAGCCUAUGGUAGCUUGACGAGGCCAGCAACCCUCCCGCGGCUUCCUCUGGGUCUCGGGCUUGGUCCCGCGCCCGCUACCGGAAACGGGCCACUGCCGCAGAACGACAGGGACAGGGACAGCAACGGAAGCAGCAAGAGGAACAGCGACAGCGUGCUGUGUCAUCGUUUGCCCCUUCUGCACCCUCUGCCCACUUGCGACGUCAGCAGCCACCAAGGAACCGGCUUUCACGAGAUCUUCAACGCCAUCAGAGAGCCGAACUGCAAGCUGAGGUCCCUGAACGUGUCCAAGUGUUUGCUCGUCGGAUUGGAUGCGGGCUGCCUGGGAGAGACCAUCAGAAGGGCGCGCAAUUUGGAUGCUCUGAGAGCUGCAGGAGCAUCCAGGCCAGCGGACGUGAUGCCAUUGGUCCUGGCGUUGACGGAGGCGCCCUGUCUGCAGCUCCUGGAUCUCGCCAGUCCGCGACUGGCCCUCGACGAUCAUCCCUCGCGAUUACUCUGUCACGCCCUCGCCAGGAACACCACCCUCAAGCUGCUCAGCCUCGAGGGCUGGACCUUCAGAAUCGAGGAGUCCGACAGCUUGGCGGUGUUCUCCGAGCUCCUGAGAUAUACGAGCGUCCGAGAGCUGAGCCUGUGCAACGCGCGCUUGCAUCUGGCCGUCCACGAGGGUCCUUUGGCGAGAUUGGGACGCAGAGAUGACGCAGGAGCUGAGCUCCUCAGGGCAGCGCCGCCCCCUGCCUGCCCCGCGAUUGUGUUCCUCAGACUCGCAGGUUUUCAAGUGACAGUGAACGAUCGCUUGGCGCUCCGUGGACCACUUCUUCUACCCUUCCUCGCUGGUUUCACUGCUCUGAGCGAGCUAGACCUCUCCUUGGACAAGUCUACCAUCGGCGGGAACAGUGGGUCCCUGCUGUUCAUCGACGACAAGAUCCUCCAGCAGUUCUUCGCCUGCCUGUCCUCCCAUUUCAGGAACCUGCAGUGCCUGAGGAUCAACUUCUGGCGAGUGACGUUGGAGGACAGCGAGAAGACGAUGAGGCAGAUCGCCAAGUACCUGAAGCUGUGCAACCUGAGCUUCCUGAAGGCGAACGGGCUGAUUGUGACCGACAGCGCGAAGAAGGUGCAGAUGGAGCACGUGUUCGUGCAGACGAUCCUCACCCAUCUGCAGUACCUUACAUGGCUUUGUCUGGAUGGACUGGAGCUGACGGAGACGCAGGCGUCCAGCAUCGGCAAGUGCGUCAGGGAUCGCUACCCUGGCACCUCGCUCGAGAUCAGCGCCAAAGACGUCCACGUGAAGUCGGUGAAGGCUCUCGUCACCGCUAUCGAAGAUGGUGGACGGGCAGAGGUUGUUUACACCGGAGGAUCCAACUGUCGACUAAAGAUCACGAAGAUCCAAAAGAACGGCAAGGCUAAGAAGAAGUGAGGCCUCGACGAGGAGCUCUUGCUUGCCAGCGACACGAAAGUUUCUUGAUUCUCCGGCCACGGCGAACCGUGGCCGAAGAACGACGAGGAGGUUGAGGGAAUCGAUCCUGGAUUAGGAAAGUAAAGGAAACGUUUGAAGGGAUAAGGUCCAGUUUUGAUCGAAAUAUAUUGUUUACGAUCCGGUGAAACGGAUCUUGAAAGAGCGAGGACGUAAACGCGUAGAUAUAGAAUGAAACGAGUCGAACGCGCGUAUUUUAGCCAUAAGAGGCACGUAGUAUAAGAAGAUUACGGAAGGGCGCCGAGAGCAAAGAGGAUCGAUCGAAGCCAAGCACAUUGUGGAUUUUCGUCUUACUGUGAUUUCCUUUUCCACGCGUGGUCGCUCUCCUAAACGAUAGAUCACGUAGAUUGUUAGCGUUAUUAGCUCGAGCCUGAAGAAUUCGUAAAUCGCUAGAAAUGGAUAUUUGUUUCGAAAGGGUCAGCGUCCUAUCGAGCAAACGGAUGGAAGAAUCAUCUUUGCAAACGACCAACACACGCGCGCGCGCGCGCACACGUACAUACACACGCACAGAGAAACAGGCAGACAGACAGACAGACAGACAGACAGACACACACGCAUUACCGAGAAGAUAUUUAAAGAAUACUAAAAUGAAAGAGGCUGUUGCAAACUAGAUACGUUCGUUGUUGUUAGAUGGACUGUAAAAUACGAUUCAGAGUAAUAUAUUAUUAUUAUUAUCGUCAUUACUACGAUCAUCAUCAUUAUUAUUAUUGCUACGAUUAUAUUAGUAUAUAUCCUGAUCACGAUUAUCAAAUGUUAACGAUCGAUUGUGUUGAUCGAUCGACGAUCCAAGAGUGAAAAAUGGCUUUACCGGAUGAGGCGCGUUGUUGGAGACUUGGAGAAAUUUUAUAGAUAUUAUAUUCUACAUGGUAGCGGGUAGGAAAAAAUCGUAUCCAAGAGAGUCGUCGGAUUUUCGAACACUGUGGUGCACGAUAUAGAAAACGAUUGCUAUUGUAUUGUAUAAAUAAAAAAAAAAAACAAAUAUAAUGAAAGAGGAAUACCUUGAAGCAAGCGAAACGUGCGACACACACACACACACACACACACACACACACACAAAACUGCCAACAUCGUAAAAAUCUUAGACUCGACCGCGAUCUAUCGUCUAUAUCGGUAUUAAUCACAAGUUCGUUACCUUCUAGGAUAAGGCGUGCGGUUCCACAACGAUUUCCAUCGAUCAUCGAUCGCCGAAGCGAGCGCUAGGUGCGAUACUUACACGAUCCCUUGCCAACUGUUAUUAGUAGCCAAGAGGAACGCGAUAUACUGCCAUGCACCUAACAUACGAGUUCAGUUCAGUUCCACGUAAACCAGUUCCAUGCGAUACAGUUCCAUACAAGAUGUUCGCUCCCCCCCUUAUUCGAUACAGUUACGUCGAAAUGAAUUUUUCGACUCCCAUUUUACCGCGUGAAGCGUCACGGGUUUGUUUAAACGAAACUUUAUUGGUAGACAUAGAGCAAAAAUACGUGUGAGUCACCACUAAAUCGAUUGUUCACUUGAUAUCGGGGAUAAACAAAACUUAUUCGAAUAAUAGAUAGACACUCUGUAGCUAUUUAACCUAUUAUUGUAUUGUAAAGCCUUAAAUUAGAGUUAUUAACAGUAGAUUGAAUGCGACCAGCCAGUCGAAGUGUAAUCUCAUUGUUAGUUGCCAGUUUAACAGGGCAUCGCAUGCGCCUACAAAGAGGCAACCGCUGCUCCAGACCUAACGUACCAGUUGAUGUCCAGGUCUGGUUAUCUGAUUUCAGGGACAUGUCUUGCGCCUGCAAGCAGGCAACCGAUACUCCAGUCCUACCGCGACUGUCGGUAUUUAGUUCUGGUUGCUUGCUUGCAGGCGCAGCGCCUACGCCUGCGAGCUGGCAACCGUUGCUUCGGUGCUAACGUACCAGUCGGUGCUCCAGUACUGGUUGCCUGCUCGCAGGCGCAUUACCUACGCCUGAAAGCUGGUAUUCGAUGCUCUAGUUUUAACGGACGGUUGCCACCUAUCAGGGGAAUCUUUGCAGCCCUGAUAUUGUGCUACACAUCAACUGGCGGGUUGCCUUAAAUCUACUAUAUUAAAGAUUCGUUUUAAACUAAAUAAGAAUAUCCAAGUUCUACCUUAUAUAACUCAUUUUGUAGCUCUUGAAUCGUUCUUAAACCACUUUCAUAAUAAGUAUUAUAUACUUUAACGUAAGAGUAUUAACCCGCUCGAACGUGUAACUGUCUACAAAGUUUUAUUAUAGUAAACGCGUGACGCCUCUUGCGGUUCUCUUAUUAGAUACACAGGGGCGAGCGUUCCGCACGGUUUUUCAUUUUUGAUAGUUUGCUAUGUGUAUAUAAGAA